CGCAAAGGCUGAAGUGCCCUUUUCGGACACCAUUUCUUUCAAGAUGAAAAUCGUCAUGUGCUGCUUCUUGCUCGUCAACACAUCUGCGAUGGGUUAUACAGGAUGUAAAGCAAGAGGUAGAGAAACAUUAAUCUGCAUUUUUCCAAGCAAUGUUAACUCAACACAAAGUGAUUUUGGAGUCUACUUUUAUUAUGACGAUGGUGGUGAAGAACCAUUGGUGGACUGUGCAUGGACCAAGUCACAUCUCCAUUGCAUCAAACAGAAGGGUUUCGAGUGUAAGCAUCCAGUGUCUGACACGGCUGAGAUCAUCGUACCAAAAAGCUUUGGGGAUAAGAAGGGUAGUUAUCGAUGUGUGUCAGACGGGAACAGGCACAAUAACAUCAAAUCAUGUCGUCUUCCUGAUAUGGGAGAUCAUGAUUUUUCAUCAACUUGUGAAGUAAAGGCAGGUUCGAACUAUCAAGUGACUUUGAAAUGCAUUUUUUCUUUUAAUGUCAUCGGCUUCAAUGUUACCAAGAGCGGAAUUGUCGUUGCCAAUUACACAAGAUCAUCCUGCCACAACUCAACGUCUUGUGAACAUAAUCUUAAGCACAACAAUGAAAUAUUUAUGGUAAAGCUUGUUGUAACUGAGUUCCUGUACAACGAUUAUUAUUAUUGCCUUCCGAACAAUCUUGCUCUGCGGGAUAGCAUCACAGGCUGCAGCCUCGUGAACAACGCAAACGAUGAAAGUGUUACUACACUAAUAUACCUUGCGGCACUAUCCUUCGUUCCUGUUGGGAUUGUGGCUGUAGUCAUCAUUAAGCUAACCCUCCUAAAAUCAAGAGACAAAAGUGCAACUAAAGUGUAAUGUGUGCCCAAAUGUUUGAAAAGGUUUCAUGUGUGUGAAUGGCUUGUUCAUGAAACUUUGGAUACGAAGCACUUUGAUCCUGCUGAAGGAACUGCAUUUCGUGAAUAUGUAUUAAAUUUGUAAUAUAUACGUAAAAAUGAUCUAGUUUUCACGAUCAUGGGUUGAUUGUUAUUCUACUUUCGCUUUUGAGACCAAUAAACUGCUAAAUAUAUUAAUAUUAUAGUAUAACCCCGUGAAGGAGGAAACAUCGGUUAUCAAUGUGGUGCUUAUGUGUUAUGUAGUAGACAUGGAAGGAAUGUAACAUCGCUCAAAUGGAAAAGCUAGAGACUACUUAUGCAAGAAAGUGGAGCGUAUGUGCCUGUGUAGAUGUGUUGUAGACAGUCGCACGUGGUUACAGCCACCAGCUGGAUGGCAGAGAUGUCAGUGAGGUCUAGUAACUUCUCUGGGUUGUCCCACAAGUCUACCAGGACCUAUAGUAGGAUGACAUGGGGGAGGGAAGGUUUGUUACCUGUCCACCCCACCACCUGCAGGUUGAGCAGAGGGGUCAAAAAAGGGUGGUGACUCUCUCUUGCCAUAGCUGGUUACUUCACGAUUGGAUGAAAGAUACCAGGUGUUUGGUUGGCCAGUGGCAUUCGUUGUUGUAUGUGUAAAUGUUCAAAGUAAGGAAAUGAGAACAAUUCAAGACUUCUCGCCACGCCGUCAGAGUUGACGGAGCAGUCAGUCGAAACGACUUCAGCAUCUCCAACGCCAACUUCACUUUUCUCUCAAGACCGAGUCUUUAGUGAAAAGGGCAAAGUUCAGGAAGAAGGACGCUGAGUUUGAGAAUCUUGACACAAGGGGAGAGUCAGUGACAAGGGACUGUCACGACUGCCUGCUGUCGCCAUUUAAACAAAAGGAUUUCGUGACCAGGACUUGCACUACCUGUGAGAGGUAGACGUUGGACACAACUGCCAACAGAAGUUGUCGUUCUCAAAGAGGAGAGCAUCUGCUGGGUUCGCCCGCGAUCCAAGGGACCAGUGAUCUCUCGACGAACAUGCAGUAGUUAAUCAUUAUUACUAGAUUAACAUUAGAAAAAUAGAUAAUAUGAUUAUAUAACUGUGUAAGCCCAUGAUGAACAGAUGUAUAUUCAGUCGAGUGUACAUUAAAAAAAAUAAUAUGUUUUAUUGUUUGGAAAGCAUCACUGAUUGCUCGUGUCUUUGUUCAACAACUGAUUUUUUGUAGACGUGUUGUUAAUAAAUUAUACAUGUUAAGGUUGCUUAUGAGGAAAACUUGCUUAAAACAAAUCUGGAAUUAUUUUUGGUAUAAAAUUAUUAAAAUACUAC